AUGAAGACUAAACGGAGAGCAUACAUCAGUCUCCCAAAGAAACACAUGGCUGCUUUUGCAGAAAUUUAUGAACUGGACCACGGGCUGGUUGUAAGAGAGCUGAACCCCUAUGUAAAUGAAGGAUAUGUACGAGCUUACUUUAGAGAAUGGGGUACCGUCACAGCAUGUAAGAUCAAGAAGAGCCCUGUCUCAGGAGACAGAAAGGCUCUGGCUUAUGUGAGGUUUUCUACAGAGGAUGAAGCAGACAGAGCAGAAUGGGCUGGUCCUCACGACAUCGGAGGCAGUGUGGAUGUAAAACGAGUUGUUAGUCCAAAGAUGGAUGAGGAUUCAGAUGAGGAGGUCGCAGCAGCCAUUGCUAGGCCACCACCUCGGCGUUCACUCGGUUUGGGCUACAUACUGGAAGAUGCUCAGUGGUUAGAUGCUGAAGAGAAUGGCAAAUUAACAAAUAUUGUCUAA